CAGACAUAGGGGAGGGGGAAAAACGAAGUGAUCCAUUGAACCGAAAGUCUUUGCCCUCUCUUAAUUACGUAGUGUCCCAUAUCUUUUCUAUUUUUUUCACUUGUUUUUUCCUAUUUUUUGUCUUUCUUCUGUACGUAAAGACCUCUGGUUAUUGGUAAUUAGCUUGAGGAGAAUAAAAACAGCCGAUCAGGAGAGGGGUGGUGCAUUGUGGAGCGAGAUGGCUAACAGAAAGGUUCUAUCACUCCUUCAUGGAUUCUUCUACCUAGCUCUGAUUCAGCCCUCACUUCAAGGAGGUGUGUACGUGCCGGCUGGUGCUGGAGUUGGAGCAGGAGGUGCUGGACCAGGUGCUGGUCUCUACCCAGGUGCUGGUGGGAUACCCGCAGGAGCAGGCUACAAACCAGCUAUAACUGGGGGCCUUAUGUUUCCCCUAGCUGGUGGAUAUGGAGGACGGGGUGGUGUUGGUGCUGGUGCUGGAGGUCUGGUCCCUGGUGGCGGGGCUGGAGGCAUAGGAGCGUUAGGCCUCGGAGGAGGAGGAGCCGGUGGAAAAGGCCCCAAACCUGGUUAUGGAAACCUUGGUGCUGGUGGUGUUGGGGUUGGUGGUCUUGGUGGUGGAGGAUAUGGAGCUGGUCCUGGAGCAGGCAGUCUAGGAGCAGGAGCCCUUGGAGGAGGAUACGCUAAGCCUGGAGUUGGUUAUGGAGGAGGCUCGCCGUAUGGAGGCUCGCCGUAUGGAGGAGGUGGUGCUGGGGGCUACUUCCCUGGAGGUGGGCUGGGACAGAAGGCAGGACCCAAGCCAGGCUAUGGGGCAGGAGGUGGACUACAACCAGGCUAUGGCGGUGGUGGAUUACAGCCAGGUCUAGCCCCUGUUAUUCCUCAGACUGGCCUACCUGGAGGUGGGCUGGGACCAGGUGCCGGAAAAGGAAAGGCUCCAAAAGGAGGAGUACCAGGUGUGGGGGUGCCUGGACUUUACCAAGGUGGCCAGGUGCCAGGACAAGGGUUUGGUGGUCGUGGAGUGUUACCCGGUGUGGCCACUGGGAACGGACUCAAUCCCAAAUCAUUGCCAGGUGGAGGACAACAGGGACCAGGAGGCUCGGGUCGUGUUGGUUACGGAGGACCAAUGCAGCCAGGAGUAUUCCAUGGAUACCCACUCAAAACACCCAAAACACAAGGUGGCUAUGGAGCGAAAGUUGGAGGAGCUGGAGGCAAACUUCCAUUUGGAUAUGGGGGCUUUGGUGGUGGUGGUGGAGCAGGCCUUCCUGGUGGCAAAGGUGGUCCUGGAUCCAAGCCUGGAUACCCCAUUGGAACUGGUGUUGGGACAGGAGGUCUUAACCCGGCCCAGGCUCAGGCUAAAGCUGCUAAAUAUGGUGCUGGUGCUGGUUUGGGUGGUGUGCCCGGUGCAGGUGGAGCUUACCCUGGAGCGGGAGGAGCUUACCCUGGAGCAGGAGGAGCUUACCCUGGAGGAUAUAAUCCUGCUGCAGCCAAAGCUGCUAAAUAUGGAGUCCCAGGAGGUGCGGGUGGCGUCCCAGGUUUUGGAUCAGUAGCAGGAGGAGCAGGAGGAGUACCUGGAGGGUUAUCUGGAGGAACUGGAGGGUAUAACCCUGCUGCGGCCAAAGCUGCUAAAUAUGGAGUUCCAGGGGGUGCAGGAGCAAGCCUAGGAGCAGGAGGAUUUGGUGGAGUACCAGGAGGAGGAGGAGGUGUACCUGGGGCUGGAGGAUUUGGUGGAGUACCAGGAGGAGGAGGAGGUGUACCUGGGGCUGGAGGAUAUAAUCCUGCGGCAGCCAAAGCAGCUAAAUAUGGACUCCCAGGAGGAGGUGCAGGCAGGCUUCCAGGUGCUGGCUCAGUCGCAGGAGGAGCAGGAGGAGUACCAGUAGCUGGGGCUGGGGCUGGAGGAUAUAAUCCUGCUGCGGCCAAAGCCGCUAAAUAUGGAGUUCCAGGAGGAGCAGGUGCAGGGUUAGGAGGAGCUGGAGGCUAUGGAGCAGGAGUCAGGCCUCCCUAUUACGGUGUUCCAGGGGGUGCUGGAUUUGGGGGAGCAGGAGCUUUUCCAGGGUCUGGAGGAUACAAUCCUGCCGCCGCCGCCGCCAAAGCUGCUAAAUAUGGGGUCCCAGGGGGUGCAGGGGCAGGCCUAGGAGCUGGAGGUCUUGGAGGAACAGGAGGGGUACCAGCUGGAGGAGCUGGGGCUGGAGGAGUCCCCGGAGGUGCAGCAGCAGGCCUAGGAGCAGGAGGAUUACCAGGAGGAGGAGCAGGGGGGGUACCUGGGGCUGGAGGAUAUAAUCCUGCUGCAGCCAAAGCAGCUAAAUAUGGAGUUCCAGGAGGUCUAGGAACAGGCUUAGGAACAGGAGGACUUGGAGGAGUGCAGGGAGGAGUACCAGGGGGAGGAGCAGGGGGUGUACCUGGGGCUGGAGGAUAUAAUCCCGCUGCAGCCAAAGCAGCUAAAUAUGGUCAGGGGGCUGCUGGUGGGCCACGGAGUGGAUAUGGUGGCGUGCCUGCUGGAGGAUAUCCCAGGCCUGGGGGCUAUGGAGGGGCAGGAGCUGGAGGGUAUAAUCCUGCUGCGGCCAAAGCUGCUAAAUAUGUCCCAGGAGCUGGAGGAGCAGGCCUAGGAGCUGGAGGAGCAGGCUUAGGAGGAGCAGGAGGAGUACCAGGGAUUGGGGCUGGACCAGGAUAUGGAGGCUAUGGAGGAUAUGGAGGGGUACCAGCAGGAGGGGCUGCUGCUGCGGCCAAAGCUGCUAAAUAUGGAGUUCCAGGAGGAGCUGGCGUGGCGGGGAGAGCAGGAGCAGUGCCAGGGGCUGGAUAUGGAGGGGUACCUGGGGCUGGAUAUGGAGGGGUACCUGGGGCUGGAUAUGGAGGGGUACCUGGGGCUGGAUAUGGAGGGGUACCUGGGGCUGGAUAUGGAGGAGUACCUGGGGCUGGAUAUGGAGGAUAUAAUCCCGCUGCGGCCAAAGCUGCUAAAUAUGGAUUACCAGGAGGUGCAGGAGCAGGCCUAGGAGCUGGAGGACUUGGAGGAGCAGGAGGACUUGGAGGAGCAGGAGGAGUACCAGUGGCUGGAGGAUAUAACCCUGCAGUGGCCAAAGCAGCGAAAUAUGGAGUCCCUGGAGGUGCAGGAGCAGGCAUAGGAGCUGGAGGAGCAGGAGGAUUACCAGGGGGAGGAGGAGGGGGUGUACCUGGGGCUGGAGGAUAUAAUCCCGCUGCAGCCAAAGCUGCUAAAUAUGGAGUCCCAGGAGGUGUAGGAACAGGCCUAGGAGCAGGAGGACUUGGAGGAGGAGGACAGGGAGGAGUACCUGGAGGAGUAGGAGCUGGAGGAUAUGAUCCCGCAGCCAAAGCUGCUAAAUAUGGUAUGCCAAGCGGGGCGGGCAUCGGUGGAGAAGGUGUUCCAGCGCCUAUAGCGACGCCAAGACCAGGUGUGGGCGUGGGUGGUGGUGUUGGAGGAACUGCCAUUGAGCGCACUGAUGUACCAGUGGGCACAGGGAUACCUAUCGCAGGCAAACCAGCAGAGGAUUCAUCUCUAGAACCCGGUGGAACUCCCAUCCCAGAUCCCACACCUAUUGGCACACAGGCCACAGAGGCCCCAGAGCCAGAGCCCAGUGCCACAGGAGUAACUGGAGUUGGGGCUGGGGUUCUUCAACCUAGUGUUGGUACAGGCCCAGCUCAGCCUGGUGUGGGUGUCGGAGCAGGUGGCAAAGCUCCUAAACCCCCUGGUGCAGGGGGAUACCCGUAUGGUGGUUAUGGACAGGCAGGACAACUCCGGUAUGGUCAAGGUUAUGGACAGGGUGCUGGUGGAUAUCCCUAUGGAGGAGGAUAUGGAAAUCCAUACGGAGCAGGAGCUGGACAAUUUCCUGGAGCCAAGCCCCUGAAACAUCCAGUUGUGGGAGGAGCAGGCGGUGUGGCUGGAGGAGCAGGCGGUGUGGCUGGAGGAGCAGGUAUUCCUCUUACUGGAGCAGGUGGUGGUGCAGGGGGAUACCCGUAUGGUUAUGGUCAAGGUGGUUAUGGACAGGGACAGGGUGUGAGGUAUCCCACUGGUGAAGGUCUGGGAGCAGGGGCAGGAGCAGGUCAAAAAGCACCCAAACCCCCAGGUUAUGGUAACCUAGGUGCGGGUGGUGCUGGUUAUAGUCCAGGUGCUGGUGUGUUCCCAGGUUACGGAGGUGGCUACCCACAACAACGGGGUUACCCACAGCAAGGUGGCGGCUACCCACUGCAACCCUACCCAGGAGCAUAUGGAGCAGGCCAGACGGCACCACUGACUCCUCAACAAGCCAAAGCAGCCAAGUAUGGCCCACUCCAGGGCUUCCUUGGUGGGGCAGGAGGAGGAGGCUACAGACCAGGAGGAGUUGCUGCUGGAUGCCAAAGCAAAUACUGUGGAAGGCAGAAGUAGAGGGUGUUCUUCAGAAGAAGUUGAACCUCAAGAAACAAUGGUGCUACUGCAUGAUCUAGAAUGUACAUUUUAUAUGCACAAAAUCCCCCAUUAGAGUAUGUAAAGAUAUGUUGUACUUUAUUUGACUCAAUACAUUUUUUAUACAAACCCACCGACCCAGACUUUUGCACACAUUUGAUGUGACUUAGUGUUUUUGAUUGUGCCUUUAUCAUUGUUCGUGGUGUUCAUCAGCUCUUACUGACAUGCCUGCGAUGCUCCCCUUUUAGUAGUUACCAAGUGUUUGUGUGUGCAUGCAUGUGUGUGGGCGUUGAUAUGUGGCUGUGUGUCUCUCUAUGUGCUUGUGAGCUUGCACAUGUUGCCAGAGAUGUUUGGGUAUAUAGGAGAAUAUGAAAGAUUAUCCAACUAGAGCCAUUAAGCAUGCUUUGAAUGCAGAUAAGUGCUCCAAGUCAAAACCAGCACCAUUCCUGUAACUGUACAUCCCUCUCCAUGUGCUCAGUGUCUGUGUGUACCAAAGUUGGAGCUCUUCGCAUACUGACAUGUCAAACCAAGGGUUGAGCUUCAAGGGGUGUGGAUAGUAAAGUGCUGAUAAACUUUGGCCAUGUAUCUUCAGAACUGCCUCCUCUGGCUUUCUAUCAUCUCUGCUGCUAUUUAUAUCCCUGGGUGAAAUAGCAGUGGCAUAGCAUGUGUGUGUGUGGGCACAGGUUUCACAGUCCAUCUGCCAUCUUCAACUUUGACUAUAUUUUAAGGGCCAUGGUGUAAGUAGCCUUCUUACCUUGAUUUCUGACAAACUUGUGAAGUAUGAUGAGCAGGUGUUGCUCUGAAUGUGGUAAAGCUGAUGACAAUCAAUCAAAGGUGUUCAAAAGAUUUGUAGGUGAUAUCUUGAGUGAUAUUCAUAGCAUACAUUGUGUUGGUUUGUACCCAAUACAUUUGAAACAGUGUUUAUUGUUUUUUAAGUGAUUUGUAUGUUUUUAGUUUUACAAAAAUGUAAAAGUAAAACUGAAAUUCUUUCGAUACUGCUCUGGCAUGUAUUGUACAUUAUGUAUGUAUGAAUUGAACAUUUUGUUUUAUUAAUUACAUAUACUUUUUCUGGUGUGCUAGAUUAAGUGCCUAGAAUGUUAUGCAUAUCUGAAGUCAUUCUAGUUUCACAUGCAGUUAUAGUUUCAUUUAUGCAAGUUGUCGCUCAUUAUUCAAGUUUCAAAUGUUUCCGCUCAUGAAAGUAGACUAUCACCAUAUUUGUGUCAUCUUGAAUAAGGCAAAACAUGUUUGUUAAAAAAAAUAUAUAUUUGGGUAAUGCAUUUAAUCACUGAUGAGAAUUGUUAUACUGUAUAUGUAAGGGCUUUUUUAAUAUGUGUCUGUGUGUAGGCUUCCCCUAGUCUGUGUAAAUUGUGAGAGUGAGCUCCCAUUUCACUCUUUACUUGAGUUAGUUACAGUUGAAUAAGACUCACUAGACAUUACUGACCAAAUAUGGAUUCACUCUGUUAUGAAGUUACACUACGAUGAAUCUUUAGGGAUUGUGUAGACUGUAUGUUGUAGUAAUUGCCCUAGGUUAUCAUGACUCUCACUCGCUUCAGUUCUUGUAGCCUACCCGUAGGGCUUUUUCUGAACUGUGUGUGAGCCGCUCGGAUCCGGGGCACGCCGCACCGUGUCUUCCAUGCGGUGGGAUAGUAUUCAUCUUAUUUAAAUGGCAAAAAAGGAGGAAUGAUGGGGUUUUGCACUUUUACAUUUUCAUGACGCACAUGUGACUUGUUCCCGGUAAUCCCGGCAUUUUAUUUGCUUAAGUAAAAUAACGAAAUAAAAUGGUUAAUAAAUACACA